AUCAUAUAUCUGUCAAGGCCAGGCCUCCGUGAUAAAGGACUGAGUAUUGAACAAGCUAAGCCAAACAGUCACAUCCAUAAUGUACAGCAGAUCAAGGUACAUUGUACCACAAUGCACAUCAGGGAAUGCCUCCUAGAGGAAAGCAGGUUGCUAGAAGAGGUCGAGGGCCCAGUUCACGUGCAGCAGCUGUAAAGAAAGACUCCAUAAAACCUAUUGACGACCAAGAAGACAAGAAAAUGGAAGAAGGUGGUGAUGAUAACCUGGUGGAUGUUGAUUUUACAGUGUCUGAUCAGGAGGAGGAGGAAGACACCAGUAAGGGGGAGGAUACAGGUGCUAAGGAAGAGAAGGGACAGGAGACAACAGAGGCCACAAAUAAUGAAGAUAAAGAGAAUCAUGCUGAUGAAAUUGAGCUGAAAGCAGUGGAGUUGAUAGAUGAAGAUGAAGAUCCUUUGGAGGAAGAAAUGAAAGAGGAAGAAGGCAAGGAGGGAGAGGAAAAAGAGAAGGAAACCAAGGAGGGGGAUAGAGAGAAAAAGGAAGGAGAGGAGGAUAAAAAAGAGGAAAAAUCUGAUCCAGAUGCACCAGAAAAAACACUUCUGACACAUGUUGUUAAGGGUCCUGUGCGAAUCUCUGUUUUGACCGUAGCUGAUCUGAGUAACAGAGAUCUCCAGUCACUGAUUCAAAAAUCUGUCAAGGCAACUCUGGACUAUGAUGAUCGAAAAGGAACAGUGACCAUGUGGUAUAAUCCUAGACGCAGUCGGAAGGCCAUUGACAUCUUAUCUGGUCUUGCCAAACUAAAGCUGACUAAUGAUGAAAUCAGUGUGGCCUGUCCUAGAGCUUUUGCAGCAUUGUUGGCCACUGAGAAAAGAAGAGAGAAGUUCCCUAAUUUCGAUGGAGGUCAGAAAAAAGAUAAGUCUGCUUAUUGCACCAAUAUUCCCCCUGACACCACUGAGGAGGUCUUGAGAGCUAUUUUCCCAGAAUGCACCAAUGUCCUUAUUCCUACUAAUGAAGAAGGUGAAAACUUUGGAUGUGCCAUUCUGGAGUUUAAGAGUGGACAGGAGGCUGCCAGCUGUGUGGAAGGGAACAAGGAUGUGGAGGUGGGGGACCACAAGAUCAAGCUCAGCCACUGCUACCCCAUGCCAGAUCAUGUGCAAAAGAGGUUAGAGGAAGAACGAAAGCAUGAUAGACCUAGAGAAAAGCAUAACAGGCCAACAGGCAGCAGGUUCUCUAACCUCAGUGGUAGACGAACCAUGCCUGUAAAGCGCCUAGGUACCAGUCUGUCUGCUAGGUACAAGUUUGGUGGUGCUAACAGAUCAGGCAACGUGAGGGGACGCAUGCAGCGUGGUGGUGUUGGCAUGCAACGCGGUGUCAACAGAAGCAACUUUGGCAACAUGGGUUCAAACAGGAAUACAGGUCCUUCAACUGAGAUGCUGGUAAACCAGAUGUCUGCUUUGACCAACAUGGUGAUGACCAGUCAACAGAAACUGGCCCAACAACAGAACUUGGUCAGACAGAUGGCCAAUCAGCAAAAUAUGAUGAGCAACAUGAAUGCUGGGAUGUCUAGUGGUGGAUCUAUGGGUGGAAUGGGAGGUGGUGGACGAGGGUUCAAUGAUAUGGAUAACAUGAAUGAUGGUCGUAACAGGAGGGAGUCGUUUGACCGUGGAGGGGACAGGAUGGGAGGGGACAGAAUGGGAGGGGGCAGAAUGGGAGGAAUGGGGUCACAGAGGUCCCAAGGAAGACGUGACGACUUUGACUCAAGAGGGGGAUCAGGAAACAGACGAAAUAUUGGCAACACUCCAGGUAAUAUUCCACCAGGGGAAUCUGCUUGCUUCAAAUGUGGACAGGAUGGUCAUUGGGCGAGGGAGUGCCCUAACCAGAACCAAAGAGAAAGAGCUCCUGCUUCCAGCAGUUCUGAUCGUGGACAUGUAGCAAACAAAAUGGGAGGUCCUAAGCCUGGGGAUAUGUGUAACAAGUGUGGAGAAACUGGCCACUGGGCCAGAGAGUGUCCCAACCCACAGCGAAACCCAAAACCAAGUGGAGGUCAUGGUGGCAGACAAAGCUAUGGUGGAAGACAAGAUAACUAUGAUUCAAAAAGGUAUGAUGUGGAUCCUCCAAGAAUUUCUGAUGAUGUGCCCUUCAUGACUGGCAUUGCCAGUGGCAGUAGUAGCCAGAGAUUUGAUGACAACUUUGACAGAUUCCAGUCAAACAAACGCAAGAGUGAUUAUGAUGAUCACCGUGGACCAAAGAGGUCUAAUUAUGGAGGUGGCCAGAGAGGGGGUGGGGGAGGCAACAGGCGAGAUGGUGGUGGACGAGGCUUUGGUGGUUAUGGCAAUCGAAGCCAUUCACCACCCAGACGCAACCCUAGGCAAGAGUCACCACGUGAAAAAACCUGGACUUCUGCCCAGUCCAAGUGGGAGCAGUACAAUAUGUCAAAGCAGGGUGGUGGUGGUGGUGGUGGGGGGAGUUCCCGGAAUUAUGGGAAUGACAACUAUGGAGACAACAACUAUUACUGAAAAAAGAUGUGGUCGUGCUUAUUUCAUGUUGAAGGACUAAAAUCUUUUAUUUUCAUUCUACUGUUUCAUUCAUCAUGUCAGAAAAAAUCUGAAAUAUCAAUCAUUAUGUUGUGAACAUAUGAUGCAUCAUUGAAAUGUUUUAAUUUUUGUCAUAAUUCUUACAUUGUGGUGUCAAAUUCCUGUCAGUUUAUACUUGUAUGAAAAUAAAGUGUAAUGUGAAUUGGCAGAUUCUA